UGUCAAGAUUUUGAGCACUAAAGGUACUGAAUAGCGAAUACGAGAGGUGGUACGCUCGAGAGUCGAGCUGUCACAUUUAAGUUAAAUAAUUUAACUAAAAUCUGAUUGCAAUGAAUUUUAAUGCAUCAGUAAAUAUUGCCAAACCAAAUUAUUUAGCUACCAUUUUUAUUAAUGAGUGUUCCGCAUUGAUGGUGAUUACUUCUACUCUAAAAUCAAUUAAAUGUAACUAUGAAAACUAUAAACUGGAAAACAGUCCACAAAUAGAUCUAGAAGUAUGAGUACAUCACCAAAAGUACUCGCGAGAGUUGGAAUAGUUUUAGUUAUAAUCCUUUUUGUCCAAAGUACACACGGCCUGUUCAAGGCGACCAACAUCAAGUGCAAAUGCUACGAUAAAGCAUUUUGUGACUUUACACAAUGCGAAUUGAAGGUAGUUGGACGUGGCCUGGUGGCCAUCAAUAUAUACGUUAAGAUCCAUCAACUGCCGGUGAAGAAAGUGCUCGUAAAUGCAAGCCUCUAUCGAAGAUUUAAUGGCUAUCGGCCGUUUCUUUACAAUAUUACCGUGGACUUUUGUGAGUUCUUCAGACAUUCGAAACGCUAUCCCUGGUUUGACAUAGCUUACAAACAAAUUUCUAGUUACUCCAAUCUAAAUCAUAGCUGUCCCUACAAUCAUGAUGUUAUUGUAUCGAAUUUCGUACUGAAUGAUGCCAUGCUGGAGAAGACUCCAUUCCCCACCGGAUCUUACAUGCUUCAGCUGACUGUCGGUAGUCCCGUGUGGCGUGGCAUAACCCAAGUUAUGGUCGAUAUUGUAGAGGUCUAGUUGGCGAUUUAAUUUUAAAUAAAUUAAUUGUUUAUUGUUUGAGGGCAAUUAUAUUAAAUGGAAUUAAUUUUUUGUUAUUAAUUUGUAUAUCCUUUAUAAAUGACUCCUCCCUUCUUGAAUUAUCUCUCUGGCGUAUUAAAGCGAAUCACCGUAGCCUAGUGAAU